AUGCUCCUGCAAAAGACUGGGUGUGGAUGCCAAUCUCUUCCUUGGGCAUUCCAUCAGAAUCAUCUAAUGAGUAUACCUGCCAAGCGAGACGUAUUACGAUCGCUCGAUUAUCUACUCUACUGUCACUUUGUCUAUCUUUAUUUUCUCGAUGCUAGUCUUUUCCUCUUUUGUAUCCGUAUGUUCUUACAGCUGGUAAGUUCACAACUGGAGCAAAAUUCCAGCCGCCCUUGCUCGCAGCAGCUUCUUUCCCCACGCUCAUUCGCACGCUCAUUACGCACAGCACUUGGAAUUGUAACAGCAGGAUACUUAGGAUGCCUUCUCAUGCAUCUCACUUUUGAACCAGGUCAACCUGGAAUCCUUAUUGAUUUUAUUGGAAACCAACAACUUCCUACUACUAUGCGAUUAAUUACCUUGGACAGUGUCGUUUAUAUUGGGCAAAUUAUCCGGAUCUUCAUUUCAUCCAGUUUAUCCCAAACCCUUGUCAACUCAUCUAUCGCAACUACUUUAGCCGUACCACCAGCCCUGGUUCCUGCGCUAGGUUCUGAUCGUAUCACACUAAUGCUACCUUCUGAACGUACUCAAAAUGAAGAGAAUUGUGAUGAUUUGUUUUAUCAUCCCGGACUAGUUGUCGAUAUUAGUCUAAGAUCUUCGGUGCGUAAUGUGAUGUAUGCGGAUAUGGAAGAUCCACACACAGCAAGAGAUGGAUCAGAUAGACUACCAGUAUAA